AUGCUAAACCAUUUCCUCCAUCGCUCUCCCACUCCUUCUCUUCUCUUCUCCAGAACCUUCUCCUCUACACUUUUCGUCAAAGGUAUAUCUUUCUCAAGCACAGAAGAAACAUUAACUGAAGCAUUUUCUCAAUGUGGUCAAGUUCUUGGAGUGGAUUUGAUAAUGGACAAAUUUAAAUGUAGACCAAAAGGGUUUGCUUAUGUCAAAUUCUCUUCUCGAGAAGAAGCCGAUAAAGCUUUAUUAGAACUAAACGGACAGUUGGUAGACGGGCGGGUCGUGAUCCUCGACACAACUAAAGCAAGAAAACAAUAUCAACCAGAGAGCAAGCUGAAGCAUUCAGUGGAAGGAGUUCCGAGCAGCGAAAGCAAGGUUGAUCAAGAAAGUUAG